AUGGCAGAGAAGCCCCUGAAGAUUCCUAUCCUCCUCGACCCUCAUCUCCCAACUUCGCCAUCCUCCCUUCCCAUCUCACCCACUCACAUCGCAUCAUGGCUCACACCCUCAUCAACCGAAGCAGGUCCUUCACGCCGCACCGCCCUCGCAUGUCAAGAUAACACUAUAUGGGUACAUACCACCUCGUCUCUCCUAGAUAGGCAGGAAGUGGUUUCACCCGAUAUAGCAAUACCGUCCAUAACUACCCAAGCGGCAUCUUCACCCUCUUCACCCCGACGACAUCGACCCACUCAGCAACGCAACUUAUCAUACUCUGGUAGACCUCGGAAUAGCUCUUCAGCAUCAAGUAUAACAGGUAAACGACGUACAUCAGCAUUCUCCCCUCCUCCGUCAGCACUUCAAUUACCCACUACCACGCUUUCCUCUGUAUCUGCUUCGGUCGCUGGGCCAGAUCAACAUACUCAUCGAGGAAGUAUAUCCGACCGACAUGAGUUGAGAGAAAGUUUGGAAAAGCAGAAAGAAAGGAAAGAUGACAGUUCUUCUAUCAUAGGAUUGGGUAUAGGUGGAAUAGGACGAAGAGGCCUAGUAGGACUACAUAGCAAGGAAGAUCGGACCAAUGACAAUAAUGAUGAGGGUAGAUCAGGUGCAACAAGUCCGAAAUCAUUCGUAUCUUCAACAUCGACCGAGACAACUUCGAACACCAAUAGAUUUGGAUUCUUUGGACGGAACAGUGUAUCGACUGAACUUGAACAUGAUGAUGAGUCUGUGCUAGGAGGAGAGGAUAAAGAGGGAAUGAAAGAGAUUCAAGUUGAUUUAGAGAUGGAGAAAGAAACGAGAGAAGAUAAGAAAUCGUCUCAGGACCGAAAAUUGAUAGAGGAUCUUAUUAGUGAACGAAGUCCUACGAUAUCGACUACUUUACCCCCACCUAUAGGGAGGAAGAAGAGUGGGAAAGGGAAAGAAGAGUUUGUGAGGAGGAUCAUACUGAGGGAAGUAGGACGAGGGAAGAUAGUGCAGAUGAAGGUGUACGAAGAGGUCGAUUCGUUGGUUGUGUUAAGAGAUGAGGGGUCCUUGGAUAUAUUUUCGUUGGCGACAUUGCACCAAACAACAAGUAUCAACCUCGAAUCGCCAGAGGAAGCCAAAUCGUCAGGUAGUAAACAGGCCUUGAAAGUGCCCUUGUUCUGGGAUUGGAAGCAUAUCCAUCUGGCGAAGAAAGACAAUACCAUCAUGUUCGUCGUUCAUGGACUUCCAUGGCCGUGUGCUUUACCUAGUCCGAACGGAGAGGUGACUAGAGUCGUCAUGAUUACCCCUUCACCUGCUGGAACAGGAAUGCACAUCGUUGCCAGACUAGAACUUCCUGGGCAAGGUGAGGUUGGAGUAUUAAACAACCACGAUGCGAGCUAUCUGAUACAUUCCACUCCGACCAGUCUUACCUCUUACCCUGUAAUCUUCCCUACACAUCCAUCAUCUCAAGAUACCACUCCGGCAAUCAAAGCCUCCCCGCAGAUACGGGCGGUAUCUUCAGCUGUCCCUUCACCUUACCUCCGAUCAAGUACACCCGACCCAUCAGCUCAACGGAGUCGAGAGUCUACCUUGAGGAAAUCAGCGUCUUACACCCACCUGAAGGAGUUAGCGUCGUCGCCUUUGUUAGGUGAUCAUUCGCAUCCCAAAGAAGAUAAGGACAAAGAGAAGGGUUUUGCGAAAUUCUUAGCUAGGAGAGAUUGGGGAAGGAAAGGCAAAGAAGAUGAGAAACCUGAAGAGCCCAGUCCAGGGAUAGGAGAAGGUCAGGAAGUUGAGAGGGAUGGCGGAGGGAAUUGGGAUAGGAUUGUCAUUGGUGGGAAAGGAGAAGGGGUAGGAUGGAAAGAUGGUUCUGUCGAUGUGUUCUGGACCGACGGGAAGAAAUUAAAAAUGCGUGGAAAUGUUGAAGCGUCACUGCAAGAGAAAAUCCACGCUGUUCAUUUCACUCAAGGGUGGAGCUGUAUCGUAAUUAUAUCGCAGGAGAAUUGUCACUUGUACCGUUCCGCAGAGGAGAUCAAAGAUCCUAAAGACAAAGUGACCAGUCUGAAAUUCAAUGGCGAUGCCGUUCUUGAUGGUGUUCAAAACGCCUCUCUCAACUCGGACGGUACUUUGUGUUUCAUAACUAAUGCAGCCAUCAAAUUAUUGGCCAUGUCAAAAAAAGAGAGUGGACCUCUAUCACUCGCGAUCCUAAGUCAAUCCAACGAGACUAGCAGUACUUGCCGUAUAGCUGCUGCAAGCAUCGAGACCGUUUUCACCUCAGAUUCUGGGGGAAAUGUCAUACCCCGUAACUUCUCCAAUGUACUUCUAAAAUCGCCACAGAAUUCUGUUGCAGACGACAAGCCUACGGUCGAUCGUCUAGAUUCACCGGUCACUUGUCUCACUACUAUCACAUCAAGCGGCACUGAUGGGGUGGAGAACAAGUAUCUGGUAGCUGGUGAUGAGGAUGGUGUGGUCAGGAUAUGGACAACGAGUCCUUUCAGGCUCUGUGGGUCGUGGACUCUCUUCGCUGAUCCAGUCAAGGAUGACGCUUUACUCGAUAUGUCACAAGCUGGACCAUUGCAGGGCUGUCUCCUGAUCACGUCAAGGGACGGAACAGUCGGUAUCAUUUCUCUAAAAGAGAUGGACGACCUCUUCCUCAUCCCGGCUUCUCGAACGCCUCUGCGACGCAUAUUCAUCGAACAGAAGGAUAUUCUACUGGCUUACGCUAAUGGUAAAGCCAGAGUAUGGAAUACUCGAACUCAAGAAUUCAGAAGAUCGACCGGCCUGGACGCAGCCGAGGAUAUGUUGCAGGUUGGUGAUUGGGCGGAAGUUCUACUGUCGAGCACGAACGAAAAUGCAACUUUACAAACUGUUCCAUGCCUACCCGCGGAACCAGCGGAUCUAGGCCGAUUGGUCAACUUCGAUCUACGAGAACUGGGUCGAUGGCUCCAUUCGUCCAAGAAUAAUCCAACUCACAGUCCCCUAUCUGCCCUUCGGAGUUUGCUAUCCGUCUUUCUCACUUUCGGUAUAGAUGACAGAGUCGAUGAGAUCUGCACUGACAACCUAGGGAUACGCAGGCCUGAUAUACCGGUUGUGAUAGGGAGCUCAGACAUCGAGGGCAAACGCUUCGACUACGCUCAAGGUGUUAAUGUUUGGUGCAUAUCACCUUACAUGACUGGUUUGAGGCAAUUGGCUAUCGUCACGCUACUUCGACCGUUCCUUGAUUCCCCUGAUCAUGAGAGAUGGGCAGCAGAAGUAAUAGCACACUAUACCGCAUCUCUGCCGUCUACAGCCACUGAGCCCGAUGUACACUUCUUUGCGGAAUACUACAUGGACUCUUCGACUGAUGUUCACCAGGCAGCUCGUAUGUUAUUUGCUGCUCGAGUGGGCAGGAUGUCUAGUGCAGAGAUCGACUGUACGGUGGAAGUUGGACAGGCAAACUUACCAUAUAAACUUUCGCCUGCGACUAGAUCUUCUGACGUGGCUACCAAUGCGUUGACGAUGCUCGGUGGUAUCGCUUUGAAUAAGUUCGAGACGAUGCAGCCAAGCGUACUGAAAUCCAUUGCCGAAUCAGUAUCGAUAUUUCUCCAUUCCGAUUCAUUCUCCCACUUAUCCCUCGCGAUCGAAAUUUGUUCCAAGGGAUUCACCACUUGGCAAUCAUACGUUGAUCCUUCCGACCUUCUCAGAAGAUUGUUCCACCUAUCUACCCAUAAGGAUUUCGCCUCAAAUACCAAUGGGAAUGGAACCAAUAUUAGUAUAGCUGCCCAAGCUCGUUUGGCUGUAUUACAUGUCGCCUCUAGUAAUCCGGCAUUGUUCAUGUCGACUUUAUCGAUGGAUGUCCUCGAUGCGAAAUCAGUGGAAGGUCGAACAAGUAUAAUGAAAUUGUGUGUUUAUAUGGCUAGGAAAAAGCCAAACGUAUUGGAGAAUGGUUUACCAAGGAUUGCCGAGGCCGUGGUCAAGAGUUUAGAUCCGAAUAUUGGCAAGAUGAGAGAUGAUGUUUGGCAGGCAGCUACUGUCAUUCUGAAUGAACUGGUCUUAGCAUUCUCGACGAUAGAUUUCCACAGUGGUACUCAACGUUUGGCGGUGGGUACACAUGAAGGAGCAGUUAUAAUGUACGAUCUGAAAACUGCCUCUCGACUAUACGUGAUCGAACCUCACAAACACCCCGUAUCGGCCGUGACAUUCUCUCCGGACGGCAGGAGGUUGAUCACUGUCAGUUUGGAGGAAGGGAAUGUAACGGUUUGGAAAGUCGGUAGUUCCUUGAGUGGAUUUUUCAACGUUGGUGCGCCGCCUAGACAAGGUGGGGAAAAGGGUGAACCGUUCAAGAGGAUUGAAUUUAUACGAGCAGAUGAUGGUCCUCUGAGCUCUACGUCUGCUCUGAGCGAUAUACAAAUUUCUUGGCCUGGGAAUAGACAGGCUAGAAUAAUGAUUAAAGAGACAGCUCUGACAUUUGAGACGUGA